CAGCCAGAAAUAUUCUGAAAAUUUUGGAAUCAAAUGGAAUCUCCAUCGUUUACCAAAAAAAUAAAAAUAAAUGGAAUCUCCAUCUCCGUAGCCCUCCAUACAAUAAUUGGUGGCCUCGAAACCCCUCAAAAUUCCACAAUCACCCCACAAAUCGUCACUUGGAUAAUAAUUUGUGUCAGAAACCUGUUUGGUUCCCGGGAAAAUUCAACUGCAGGAAAAGGUAAAGGUAAGAACUUUCAACUUUGUGAUGGUUUAGGCUUGUUAAUUAUUAGAAAACUACUCAGUUUUGAAUUUGGUUUGUUGGGUUUUUGUAAAAGGUGAUAUAGCAUUGUGAUGGUUCAUCAAGUUCUGCAACCAUGCUGAUGGUGUAUGCUUCAGGAGCUAUUACAUAUACAGAUUCUGCUCAUAAUUUUUUACAGCAUGAGGCAGUUUUACCCUGCAAGACUACCCAUGUGAAUUUCUUGAACAAAAUCUCUAUUUGUACUAACCCAAUUGGAGCUCCUUGUAAUUCUGCACUCUCUGCUUUCUACUUGUCAUGGAGAAGCCGUAAUCAGCUAAACAGCCCCAAGAAAUGGCUAUGCCGGAUGAAGGAUUCGAUUCCAUCGGAUGAUGAGUAUCGAUCAUCGCGCAACAUAGCAAUCAGUUUAUUUAGGCGGUACAGGAAUGUGGUCGACCGUGGAGGAGGUGCCAACCUAAACGAGUUCAUCAGUGCUGGGGUGAAUGCUUAUGCACUGGGCUGCACAGACGAGGGAUUAAGAAAAGAACUGCUUGAUAUGAAAGAAUCUGGUGUUGAAAUUGAAGGAAUGCAAAGUUAUGGUGGAACCACCAGUUUCAAAUUCAAGAUCGCAUCGGAGGAGGUUGAUGAGUGCAUUCUGUGGUUGAGCAUUAUAUUCAUCACCAUAUUGUGUACGCCACAGCCAACAAUAGUUAGAUGGUCAUCCAUACCUCCAGUAUCAGACGAAGAAAGGCUUAAAUGGAAAGGCUUUUGUGCACUCAUAGCAAAUGCGUAUUAUGUGAGAGGAAUGGCAUGGCUUCCAGUAAAGACACUUCAACUAGAGCAAUUGGCAGUGGUUGGACAAGCCGAGGAAUCAUCAGUUGUUGCAAGUCGAAUGCAAUUAGUUUUUAGCACACUUGAGGUUGUGAGUCCACACUGGCCUAGAGUAUAGCGGUUCGGUGUCAAGAACAGAUAACAUGCUGCCCGUAUUUUUACAUUUGUAGUAUGUGAAUCUGUAUGGCCUAAACCUUUUCCACUCUAGAAUGGAAAACAGGGGGAAAUAAUAUAGCCUUGUAAUCGAAUUUUUAUAUAUGAAUGGGAAGAAUUUCAUUGUUUUGUUCACA